UUGAGAGCCAUUGGAAGGUUAGCGCCCCCUGGCUUUGUGUAUAUGUUGCAAACAACCCUUUUGAAACAAACACUUGUUUCAUUGUGCGGAUUUAAAGACUAAUUACUUGGCUUCUCUUGGAAGAAGCAGCAGAAAGAUGUCACUGUCGAGUGCGGAGAGAUCACUAGCAUGCUAUGCUAACUAGCAUGCUAAGCUAAGAGGAGGAAGACCCAGGAAGGAACAUCCAAGACAAAUUAGGCGUUUAAAGGCAUCAUUGCAGGCUUCCGUAGUUUCCCGCGCGAGUCUUAGCCCCUCCCACUUUUCCCUUCACUCGCAACUCUCACUGAUGAGGAAGAUGAGGCACAAAGGAAAACUGAGAACGAUUAUUUUCAUUUCUACUUCAGACAGUGAAGAUCGUCAGCAGCAGGAGCGGAACUCCAGGGUGGAGGCAGAGAGGCAACAGCCCCCCCACAUUAAAAAGGAAGAAGAAGAACAAGGUAUUAGUCAGGAGGGAGAGCCCCGUGAAGGACUGGAGGAGUUGCCAGUGAUUGGUGUCUCUGUGAAGAGUGAAAGUGAAAGUGAGGUGGAGCCUCCAAGCAGCAGCUCGGACUCUAAGAACGAGGCAACUCGUUGCCCUGACGACACACACUUUGAGUGCGACCAGUGUUACAAAACCUUUCUCGACCACAAGAAACUGAAGUCACACAUGAUCUGUCACACGGAAGAGAAACUAUUCAUGUGCUCAAUUUGUGGCACGCAAUUCUUUCGAAAGGCACACUUGACAACACACACAAGAAUACACACCGGGGAGAAACCGUUCACGUGUUCAGUGUGCGGUAAAAGUUACAAACGCAAUUACGACGUGAAAAUACACAUGAGGACGCACACCGGGGAAAAACCCUUUACUUGUUCAAUCUGCGGCCGAGGCUUCUCUCUCAAGCCCAAUUUGAAAACGCACCUCAGGCUACACACCGGAGAGAAACCUUUUUCCUGCCUGGCCUGUGGUUCUGGCUUCACACACAACAUUCAGUUGCAAAAGCACAUGAGGAAACACGCAGAAGACAAAUAAUUUGUGACGGACGUGACACAGAAGACGAGCGUAUUGUAAGUUGUUUGCUAAAACGAAGAACAAGACUUCAUUUAAGAGAACAUCUUGGGCCUGUCGAGCGUUGCAGGUUCUGCAUGAAAAGAUGAUUUAAAAAUGAGUGCAGUCAAGUGACUAAAUAUUUGACUUAAUCGCAUAUUUGCAUUUUAAAUCAUCACAAUAAAUGACUUGCAUGCAACCAUCAGAGUCUUUUAUAAAGUGUACAUAGUUGUCUUAUUUAAUAUAGCAAAAAUGUAAAUCAGCAGAAAGGAAUAUGCCGACACCUGACCGGAAGUUGCUAUUCAAAGACAAGACUGGCCCGUAGUAAGGAAAGACCACAUGGUUGUCUACAUGGUGUAUAUAAACACCAGUCUGGUUCCUUCCUACGUCUUUAAAUAGCAACGUGUUCCUGUCAGGACUUGGUCCGGGGGUGUGUGCUUUUCCAGAUGCAACGGAAAGUUGGCACGGGCGAGACGGGAAUUAAGGUACAUGAUUUAUUUAUUAACUAUAAAUACAAAAAAAAGGAUCAAACAAAAGGCGCGCACAGUGGCGGAGAAUAAACUAUGAACAAUUAAACAAAACUUGCAAACUAUGGCUUGAAUAAAGAAAACUUACUUGGCAUGGACAAAAAAGGAGCAGCGUGAACAUGGACAUGAAACAAUGGACAGAGCAUAAAUGUGGUGUGAUGUCGUCAGGACGAACAACAGAAAAUGAAUGAACUUAAAUACUAUGGACAUGAUUAGUGAAAGCAGGUGCGUGACUCAAAACGUGAAACAGGUGCGUGACGUGACAGGUGAAAACUAAUGGUUGCUAUGGUGACAAACAAGAGUGCACAAUGAGUCCAAACGUGGAACAGGUGAAACUAAUGGGGUAAUCAUGGAAACAAGACAAGGGAGUGAAAAGACAGAAACUAAAGAGUCCUAUAACGAAACAAAAACAUGACUUAACACAAAACAUGAUUACACAGACAUGACAGUUCCUGCUGACUGCAGUUACAUGAAAUAUGACAUUUCAAUAAAACCGAUUGUUAGGUCUCGUUUUUGCUCUUCAACACUGGUUAAAAAACACAUGUUUUUCAAUUGCAUUUUUUUAUAUUUCAAAAUAAAAUGUUUUUUGUAUUCAAUGCAUGCAAAGUCAUGUAAAGAUACAAUAUGGUGGUCUUUGCUAAGAAAUGUGCGCUCAAUCCAGUUAGUGUAAAUAACGAGGAUGUCAUUCUGCCAAUAACUCUCAUUCUUGGGUAAUGGUUCCAUUCCCAAUUGAAUAUGCAUGGAAGUAUUAUUGUAGCAAAACUAUCAACAAAUUCUUAUCUCAAUCUGUGUGUCUGUAAUCCCAUUUACGAGUCUGUCUACUAACUUGUGUGUCUGUAUCUCAAUCUGUGUGGAAUAAGAUUCACGUGUGCGUGUUAAAACAUGAAAAAAAAAUGACACAACACACACACACGUGGAUCUGACUCCACACAAACUGAGAUAUGCAUGUCCAAAUAGUUUUGCUAAAAUAAUUCGUCUUCUUCCGCUUAUCCGAGACCGGGUGGCGGGUGCAGCAGCCUGAGCAAAGAACAAACAUGAAUAAUGCCGUAUUGAUUGUGAUUAAUUGCAUGAUUUAACACGUUUAAAUACACAAAAGCUGGGGUGGGAAACCUUGUUCCUGUUCAAUCUGCCAUAGGGAGUGUGUAGUCGUAACACACGCUGUGAGAGUGUGUAGUUGUAACACACACUGUGGGAGCGUUUAGUUGUCGUGUGUGUGAUGCAAGAUUCCAGCUAAAUAAACAAAAUAAAAGAAGCUCCAGGACUUGCAAUAAAUUUCGAUGGUUUUGAGUUUCCAACGUUGUCGCCGUGUGUGACGUCAUUGUUGUGUUAAAAUACUAUUUAAAGUUUCUGUUUACAGCUUGUUGCUUUUUUUCAAGUAAAAUAAACGAACUGGAAACAC